CUUUUCCCCUCAGGAGAAGUCGGGAAGGCGGCGGCGGCGGUUGUCCCACGACCGUCGGGCCGGUUAGCGUGGCCCGUCAGCCCGCGCUCCGCAGCGUGUCCGCCUCGCGCUCAGCCCGGUCGAGUCGAGCCGCAGCUGCCCGGGUCCGGCGCGGGCGGCGCGCGCUGACGGAGGGCGGCGGCCGCGGCCAGGGCGGCCGGUGGGACCGCGGGGUCCCCGGCGCAGCGCCGCCCGGCUCCCGGCCCUGCCGGCCUCCUCGCUCGGCGCCGCGGCCAUGGCGGCCAGCGCGAAGCGGAAGCAGGAGGAGAAGCACUUGAAGAUGCUGCGGGACAUGACCGGCCUCCCGCACAACCGAAAGUGCUUCGACUGCGACCAGCGCGGCCCCACCUACGUGAACAUGACGGUCGGCUCCUUCGUCUGUACCUCCUGCUCCGGCAGUCUACGAGGGUUAAAUCCACCACACAGGGUGAAAUCCAUCUCCAUGACAACAUUCACACAACAGGAAAUUGAAUUCCUUCAAAAACAUGGAAAUGAAGUCUGUAAACAGAUUUGGCUAGGAUUAUUUGAUGAUAGAUCUUCAGCAAUUCCAGACUUCAGGGAUCCACAAAAAGUGAAAGAGUUCCUACAAGAAAAAUAUGAAAAGAAAAGAUGGUAUGUCCCACCAGAACAAGCCAAAGUGGUGGCGUCAGUCCAUGCAUCUAUUUCAGGGUCCUCUGCCAGUAGCACGAGCAGCACACCUGAGGUCAAACCACUGAAAUCUCUUUUAGGAGAUUCAGCACCAGCACUGCACUUAAAUAAGGGCACACCUAGUCAGUCCCCUGUUGUAGGUCGCUCCCAAGGGCAGCAGCAGGAAAAGAAGCAGUUUGACCUUUUAAGUGAUCUUGGCUCAGACAUCUUUGCUGCUCCAGCACCUCAGUCAACAGCUACAGCCAAUUUUGCUAACUUUGCACAUUUCAACAGUCACGCAGCUCAGAAUUCUGCAAAUGCAGAUUUUGCAAACUUUGAUGCAUUUGGACAGUCUAGUGGUUCGAGUAAUUUUGGAGGUUUCCCCACAGCAAGUCACUCUUCUUUUCAGCCCCAAACUACAGCAUUUAGAAUGCUUUCAUCUAGCUGCAGUUUUGGUGAAUUUACUUCAGCUUUUCCUCUCCAGGCUUCCAACAGUGGAAGUGCUGGAUCAGUAAAUGCUAAUUUUGCUCAUUUUGAUAACUUCCCCAAAUCCUCCAGUGCUGAUUUUGGAACCUUCAAUACUUCCCAGAGUCAUCAAACAGCUUCAGCUGUUAGUAAAGUUUCAGCGAACAAAGCUGGUCUACAGACUACAGACAAAUAUGCGGCACUUGCUAAUUUAGACAAUAUCUUCAGUGCUGGGCAAGGUGGUGAUCAGGGUAGUGGGUUUGGGACCACAGGUAAAGCCCCUGUUGGUUCUGUGGUUUCAGUUCCCAGUCAGUCAAGUGCAUCUUCAGACAAGUAUGCAGCCCUGGCAGAACUGGACAGUGUUUUCAGCUCUGCUGCCACCUCCAGUAACGCAUAUACUUCCACAAGUAAUGCUAGCAGUAAUGUUUUUGGAACAGUGCCAGUGGGUGCUUCUGCACAGACACAGCCUGCGUCUUCAAGUGUGCCUGCUCCAUUUGGAGCUACACCUUCCACAAAUCCAUUUGUUGCUGCUGCUGGUCCUUCUGUGGCAUCUUCUACAAAUCCAUUUCAGACCAAUGCCAGAGGAGCGACAGGCCUGUCUGGAGCAAUGCAUUCUCAAGUGUUUCCUCACGCUCAUUUUGCGGCGACCUUUGGCACUGCAUCCAUGAGCAUGCCUGCGGGCUUCGGGACUCCCGCUCCCUAUAGUCUUCCCACCAGCUUUAGCGGCAGCUUCCAGCAGCCAGCCUUCCCAGCCCAAGCAGCUUUUCCUCAACAGACAGCUUUUUCUCAACAGCCCAAUGGUGCAGGUUUUGCAGCAUUUGGACAAACAAAGCCAGUGGUAACCCCUUUUGGUCAAGUUGGAGCUGCUGGAGUGUCUAGUAAUCCUUUUAUGACUGGUGCACCAACAGGACAAUUUCCAACAGGAAGCUCAUCAACCAAUCCUUUCUUAUAGCCUUAUAUAGACACUUUACUGGAACGAACUUUUACAUGGUCACAUUACAUCUCUCCGCCUCUUGCACUGUUGUCUUGUUUCACUGAUCUUAGCUUUAAACACAAGAGAAGUCUUUAAAAAGCCUGCAUUGUGUAUUAAACACCAGGUAAUAUGUGCGAAACAGAGGGCUCCAGUAACAACUUUUAACCUGUGAAUUGGCAAAAAAAAAAAAAAGUAGCGGUAUCAUGUAUAUUAAAAAUUGGCUAAUAUUAAGUUAUUGCAGAUACCACAUUCAUUAUGCUGCAGUACUGUACAUAUUUUUCUUAGAAAUUAGCUAUUUGUGCAUAUCAGUAUUUGUAACUUUAACACAUUGUUAUGUGAGAAAUGUUACUGGGGAAAUAGAUCAGCCACUUUUAAGGUGCUGUCUUAAAUUGGGAAAUGAAUGACCUAAAAUCACUUUAACCAUUGCUACUGGAAAGUUACAAAGUCAAAAUUGGAAGGUUUUAGUCAUUCUUGAAUUUUUCCUUUCUGAAGAGCUCUUCUGUUUAUACAUGCCUAAAUUCUUUAAAAAUGUAGAGGGAUACCUGUCUGCAUAAUAAAGCUGAUCAUGUUUUGCAACAGUUUGCAGGUGAAAAAAAUAAAUACUAGAAAAUA